AUGGAACACGUGAAAGGUGCAGUGCCGAUGCAAUCGACAAUCAUUAGCAAGAAAAGAGGGAAAAUCUUAGAAGAGAUGGAGAAACUUCUCACCAUUUGGCUCGAGGAUCAGCAGCAGCGGCGUAUUCCUCUGAGCCUCAUGCUCAUUCAGGAGAAGGCCAAAUCUAUCUUUGAGGAUGUCAAGGCUAAGGCUGGGGAAAGCGCUGCCGAAGAAACGUUUUCUGCCAGCCACGGGUGGUUUUCCCGUUUCAAGAAGAGGGCUAAUCUCCACCAUGUGGCCGUGUCCGGAGAGGCAGCAUCUGCGGACAAAGAGGCUGCCGAGCGAUUCCCCCAAGUGUUGAAGGAGAUCAUCGAGGAGGGUGGCUAUUCGGCUAAGCAGGUCUUCAAUGUCGACGAAACGGGUCUUUUUUGGAAGAAAAUGCCAGAGAAGACCUACAUUAGCCGUGAGGAGAAGACGAUGCCCGGAUAUAAAGCGGCUAAAGACCGCUUAACCUUAAUGCUUGGGGCGAAUGCUGACGGGAGCUUCAAGCUGAAGCCGCUGCUAGUUUACCGGGCAGCUAACCCUCGAGCCCUGAAGAACGUGACGAAAAGCUCUCUCCCCGUUAUAUGGAUGUCAAACAUCAAGGCAUGGGUGACACUCGCUGUAUUUGAGGACUGGUUCUUCCACCAUUUCAUCCCAGAAGUGAAGUUGUAUUGUCGGGAAAAUGGAAUUCCAUUCAAGAUCCUGCUGGUGCUGGACAAUGCCCCUGGCCACCCCCCGCACUUGGAUGAUUUUCAUCCUGACGUCAAAGUUGUAUACCUGCCGCCAAAUACAACUUCACUUCUGCAGCCGAUGGACCAGGGCGUUAUCGCCAAUUUCAAGAAAUAUUACACCCGACGGACGUACAGGAUGGCCUUGACAGCAGUGGAUUCUGACCCCGAGAUGACCUUGCGGAGCUACUGGAAGUCGUAUAACAUCUUUAACUGCAUCAAAAACAUUGAAGCAUCAUGGCGUGAGGUUUCCGAGGUCAACCUCAACGCCGUGUGGAGGCCUCUAUGCCCUCAGUUCGUCAACGACUUCCGUGGCUUUGAUCAGGAGGGCAUCAAUAAGGACAUUCUCAGCACUCUUGUCGGGCUAAGUGAGAAACUCGAGCUUGACCUGGAGGAGGAGGACUUCGAGGAAUUGCUUGAGUCCCAUGGGGAGGAAUUGAGUAACCAAGACCUCAUGGAGUUGGAGGCUCAGCAACGUGUCGAGGAGGAGGAGGAGGACGAAACGCCUGUCCCCAUGAAGAAAUUCGAGACGAAACUCUUGGCCGAGGGGUUUUCGCUCAUAGAUAAAGCCAUCGCACUCUUCGAGCAGCAAGACCCAAAUAUUGAACGUUGCACAAAGGUUGCAAAUCAAAUGAAUGAUGCCAUACAGUGCUACCGCAUCAUUUAUGAUGAGAAAAAGAAGAAAACUGUGCAAUCGUCGUUAGAUCGCUUCUUUCGGCCAGUUUCUACUACACCCUCCAAGGAAGAUACUCGUCAACCCUCAUCUUCUUCUCCUGGACCCUCAACUUCUUCCUUCAUUGAUGUUACGGAGGAGGAAGUAACUCUUGAAGCCCAUUCCAGCGACGACGAAGACCCUCUCGGCCCCAUGAUAUAA